AUGGUCACGUGGACGUUGGGUAGCGUGCUGUUGCUGGCCAUGAUGAGCCAAAUCAACGGUCCUCAUGGAUUGACCUUUAUCUUCCGCACCAACCCUAUGAUCGUCUUCUCUGCCAUGCUCAUCUUUAACUCGGGAUACAUUCUCAUCGGCCUCUUCACCUCGCUCUUUUUCGACACAGCGAGUCUGGGACUGGCGUGCGGACUCAUCCUGUGGACGGUCUCCCUGCUGGGUCCCUUCCUGUCGCUGGAGUGGUCGGCGCGCACGGUGUCCGCCUACAUCUCGACCAAGAGCAAUUCCAAGAUAGUCGCCUCCUUGGUGCCCAUACACGGAAUGUACUUCUUCUUCCGCAUCGUCGAGUUCUACGAGUCGUACGACGUGCCGUUUGGCUGGCCGGCCAUCUACCGGAAGGCACUGGGUAAAGACAACGUGACCCCGUUCACCCUCAUGCUGUGCAUGGGCGCCAGCUCGUUCGUGUUCAGUGUCGCCAUCUGGUAUCUGGAGGCCGUGCUACCCUGGACCAACGUGGUGCCGCUGCCACUGCACUUUCCCUUCAUGGCAAGCUACUGGAACGUGAUCCAAGAGGAGAUCAAGGCGGCGGGUACCCAAGAGAGCAGCCAUUCCCAGGAGGAAGGCCAAGAGAACUUCGAAGAGGAACCGCGCCAUCUGCUGCUCGUGCUAGAAACCAUCGACCUCUGCAAGGUAUACCGCAACAAGUUUGCAGUGGAUCAUCUCAACAUGCGACUCUACUACGGCCAGAUAUUCGUAUUGCUGGGUCACAAUGGCGCUGGCAAGACCACCACAUGCAGCAUGCUAUCCGGAUUUUUACGACCGACAUACGGCACGGCAAUCAUCGAAGGAUUCGACCUAAUCAAGUACCAUGACGACUCGCUGGAAAACGUGCGCGUGUGUCCACAACACGACAUGCUGUACGAUGACAUGACGCUCUACGAACAUCUUUAUUUUUUCGCCCUCGUUCAGCGCGUCGCCCCCGAGGCCAUCGCAGAGCAAGUCGAGGUCUUAGUGAAGUCGCUUCACUUCGCAUCGCACCUGCAUAGUUUGCCGCGGGCCUUGCCUUCGGGUAUCAGGAAGAAGCUCGGCCUAGCCAUUGCAAUCAUCGCCGAUCCCAAGGUGCUCAUCCUGGACGAACCGACGGCUGGCCUGGACCCCCAGAGCCGUCACGAGGUGUGGGACCUGCUGCAGAAGAUGCGUCGCUCGUGCACCAUGCUACUCACCACACACGACAUGGAGGAGGCGGACGUCGUUGGGGACCGAAUCGCCAUCCUUGCCGAGGGCACGAUACGCUGCUGCGGCUCGUCGCAGUUCCUCAAGCAUCGAUUCGGUACGGGGUACCAUAUGGAUAUCGGCAAGCGGCUACACCGAUGCGACGUGCAGGGCAUCAUCUUGGUGGUGAAGACGUACGUGCCCACCGUCCAGUUGGUGUCCGAGACCUCUAAGAUGCUGCGCCUGUCUCUUGGUGUGACCUCGUCCGAGGGGUUCGUGGACAUGUUCAAGGUGCUCGAGCGCUUUCGCUCCAAGUUGGGCAUAGUGGAAAUGACCGUGUCCGUUACCACCAUGGAAGACGUGUACCUCAGGAUCGCGGACGAGAUGAUGGAAGAGCAGGCGGAGACCCUGACGGCCGCGGGGCAGGCGCCGUCGACGAACCCUGUGGACGUGAACGCACUGCGCGACAGCUGCGACGGGUGCGUGUGGCGCACGUCUACGCUACAGUGCCUGCGCGCGCUGAUCCGCAAGCGCUGCCAGUACGCUCGUCACCAGUGGGCGCUGCCGGUACUCGGAAUAUUCGCGCCAUGCUUGCUCCUCGGAUUGCAAGGUUACCGGGAACGAAGCACCGCGAGGGCAGCUGUUAACCUGACGGACGUGUACCAUUACGACAUAAUGGCGAUGUACAACUUCAGCGUGGCCUCCAUGCUGACGUCCGACGAGGAGUCCGUGUUAAUAUCGCAGUACUACCGUCAACUCAUCGAGCAAAAGGGUGUCGAAGUGACGCGAGUUCGUGACGUCACAGACUACCUGCUAGAAGUUGGCAUUCGCAGCUUGGAUGAGUACAUGAAAUACGUGGUCGGCGCCAGCUUCCUCCUUGUCGGCAAAAAGAAAUCCACGCGCGCAGACCCAAGUGAGGGAGUCGUCCAGCUGGGCCUCUCCAAGGAUUACGAAGGCAGGCUGGCCAUUGCCUGGUACGCUGUCGCGACCCUUGGUGGUAUAGUUUUAUUUGGUUCGCCUUGA